AUUAGCAAUGUCAUCUAUCAUGAGUACUACCGAUUUUGAUACUCUUUUUAAAGGAAAUUUCAUUUAUUUAACACAACUUUUCUUAUUUUAUGGUAUUUUUAUAGCUUUUGCUGCUCACGUUGAAUCACCUUUAGGUGGAAGUAUUAUUUUAGCAGCAAUUGUUCUUAAAUUAAGUUUAUAUGGUAUACUGAGACUAAUUUUACCUGUUUUACCUAAAGCUUAUAUGGAAUAUACUUAUAUAAUUUUCCUAAUUGGUGUUAUUACUAUAGUAUACGCUAGUCUUAGUACAUUAAGAACAAUAGAUAUUAAAGAACUUAUUGCGUACAGUUCUGUUUCUCAUGCUGCAGUUUAUCUUCUAGGUGUGUUCAGUAACAGUAUACAAGGUAUUGAAGGUGCUAUUAAUUUAGGGUUGGCUCAUGGACUAGUUUCACCAGGUCUAUUUAUAUGUGCAGGAGGUGUAUUAUAUGACAGAUCUUCUACAAGAGUUAUUUCUUUCUACAGAGGAGUUACUCAAGUAAUGCCAUUAUUUGCUAUAUUAUUCUUCAUACUAUGUCUUGCUAACUGUGGAGCUCCUUUAUCUUUAAAUUUCAUAGGAGAAUUUUUAUCAUUAUAUGGGGUAUUUGAAAGAUCAUCUUUAUUUGGUGUUUUUGCAAGUACUUCUAUAAUUUUCUCUGCAGCAUACACUAUAUAUAUGUAUCAAAGAAUAGCUUUUGGUGGAGCCUAUUCAAGAAUGUUUACCUUUAGUAUACCGGAUUUAACUAAAAGAGAGUUUACAAUCUUAUUAAUAUUAGUUAUACCUACUGUAUUAUUUGGUAUAUAUCCUGCACCAAUAUUAGACGCUAUUCAUUAUUCAGUUUCAACUCUAAUUUACGCAUUUGAUUCAAACGUAAUUAGUUGUGACUCAUCUAGUGCUUGAGAAGCAUACUUCAAAGAUAAUAGUUACUACUAUUACCAUAGUUGUUUUGCAUUAUCUGUUUGAAUAUUACUUACGGCUAUUACUUUUAAAUUUCUUAGUUACA